ACAGGUUGUGCAUACCAAAUACCUGUAAACUAUGGAUUUGACUUGUACGCAACGAUGAGAAUCUCUUCAUGGUGUUCCAAUUUGGCAGUCGGAACACUGAGAAUGUGAUAUUCAGGCUACCAGAGGUGUUCACGAGAAGGUCCACACGGGCUCCAGGAGCCCGUGCCAAUGGCGAUGAGUCGCAUCGGAACUUGUUGAUAUCUGUAAACUAUGCCUUCCAGGAGAGUCCGCUAGAUCCCAAUAGAAACCCGGAUUCCCGUGUAGGGACCAUCGAGCUCAACGUGCCAGGGAUCCCUGUUAACCGCACCACUCAAGACACAAACAGCAUCAUCGAAUUCGCCACAAACAUAGCGUUCAGCGUGAUAGCGGCGUGUACGUCGGUGGAGAUGGGGGCGUCACAAAAGACGUUGGACUCGUUGCCGAGAGUGGACGCCAUUGGAGAGGAUGAAUACUGCCCGAUCUGCUACGAUCCUUACAUCGUCAGAACAAAGGCGCUGAAGCGCCUGUCAGAGGAUAGUGAUGAUGAAGCCGAUGUUGCAAUGCCGCCGCUGAAGAAGAGGUGUGUUGUUAGUGGCGGUUCCGAUGUGGGUGUUGCAAGCGAGGUGGAGACAACGGUGGAGUCCCAUGAGCCUGGCGACAACAGUGAAGCUGUGGAUAACCAUGUGCAUUGGGCAACAAAGCUACCGUGCGGUCACAUAUUUGGAAGUGGCUGUAUAUUUGAAUGGUUGAGAUCGAAAUCCACGUGUCCGCUAUGCCGUAAACAAGUCCAGACAGACCGUGUUAUCACAAGACCGCCACCACGGAUUAACUUGCCAGACAUGGAGGACCUUGCACGUUCCAGCUCGACUCAGAAUCCAAUAGUGGUUUCAAUGGACUCAGAAACUGGCAAUCUUGUGGUGAUUCCAGCGCCAGAGGAACAAGGUGCAUUACAACCACUGGGCGCUUCAUACACUUCAAGACCACUGUACACCUCAAGACCACUGUACCCUCCAAGACGGCCAUCUCUCUCUAAUGCGAAUCACCCUACAGAUCCAGACGCAACAGCAUUAGUGGGUGCGGGACUGAGAGCAAACAACCACUCAAGCGCUGAAGUUGCUACGUCUGCUGCCACUGCUGCUGCUUCUACUUCUACGAUCAACACUGGCGUUGAAACGACAAAUAACGUUGAUUCGCCUGCGGCUGCGGGUGGCAAUUUGCUGGUUCAAUUACAGAAUCUGUUGGUGCCAGAGUUGGUUUUAGGAUUGAUGGAGAGAUAUGGAACAAGAGAUGGUCAGGACACUGACUUACAGACGCUUAGAAGGCUUAGAUCGGAAGCUGAAAGAUCUAAUCAGGAGGUUCAACCAGGGAACAGCGCUCAGCAGGUAUCUGACAGCUCUACAGAACAACAGGAGCAAGCUCAUUCCUCACCGGUGAGAUCGGUCUUAUCAUCUCUUGAUCAACGAACUUCAACCGAUACCCCAGCAUUUCGUACCAGAUCUGCAGUGCGUCGUACGGAUGAAACCACUGGAACAAGAAGAAGACACAGGGGUGAAGAGGAGAGACGCCCUGAAUGAUCAAUUGCAUUUGGGCUUUAUGACCAUUUAUGAAAUUUAUUAAUUGAAAUAGCAUGUGAUGAAUAGUAUUGAAGACGUAGCUGGGCUUAUACAAGUAAAAUUGUUCUGUUACGUCUAGUGGUGUGGAUCCUUUUAUAACUGAGCGAUGUUUUGGCGCACGUAUGGGCUUCACUAGGGGGAUGUACUAAGCAUCAACUCUCGCCAAUAUAUAUCGGCAUUAUGUGCUCCAUUACUGGCUCCACUGGUGGGUUUUGUGUAGUAUUCGUUACUCUAUAUGUUCAUCAUGGAAAGAUCUCAUCAUGAUACGCACUGUGGCACUAUUAAUACAUCAAUGUACAACGAAUGAGGUUCUUUUUACGUCCAUCCACCACUCUGUCGAUAAUGUAUAUAUAAU